AUGUACAAGCAGCUUAAAGAAAUCAAAGCUUCUCAAGCCAACUUCAUGAGAGAUUAUGCACGUGCUCGAAACAAUGAUGAUGAAAACCAAAAUGAUCAGCAUGAGCUUGGACAUGUUGGAAGUGGAGUAUUUAUUUCCAAAAAUUCUUGGACUACAGCAGAGCAGAAACGUUCUUAUCAGUCGAUGGGGAAGGCGCUCAUCAAAGCUGCGUUUCCUACUGAAGUUAUGCUUUUAAGCAAUCUUCGAGGAAAUGCGAGUAAGAUUGACAAAAAUGCACCAAAAAAGCCUGCUCUGGAUCUAAAUAUAAUGAAUGCUAUUAAAGGUUAUUUAACCUACGUAUUGCUAACUGAUAUACUAUUUAGGGCCAGUUUUUCAACCGGGGGGUUAGAUAUUUUAUCAUUGUGA